AUGACUUCCUAUGAUCGCCAUGCAUCCCACGACUCACCUUAUCGAUCAGGCAAACACGUACCUCUCAGUCAAAGCCGACACGAGCCACUCACGUCCAUCGCGACAAGUGCUAUCGAAUCGCGCCCAGAUUUAACCGCCCCUUAUGAUGACGACCAGCAAAAAGGCUCAAAUGGCUGGUCUGGAUCUCCUACGGGUACGGGGUCCCCGAAUCGCCCUUAUUCGCCUGGUAUGCGUUCAUUGUCAUCACAAAAGCGGCAGUCAACCGACCCCGGUGUGGAAGGAGUUCCGGAGAUCCAGAUGCAAAGCUUUCACGACGGCGCCCCGCCUCCGCCCCCGGUCGGUCACUCGUGGAGAAAAAUUGACAGAUGGCUGGAGCACAAUUACGAGGAGCUUUUCGAUAACUUGUGUGAGGGCUGUACACAGAAUGAUAUCAACGAAUUGGAGCACGAACUAGAUUGCAGCUUGCCACUAGAGGUUCGGGAGUCGUUGAUGAUGCACGAUGGGCAGGAGCGCCCGGGUUUGCCUACUGGCAUCAUCUUCGGAUGUAUGCUCCUUGACUGUGAGGAAAUCGUCCAGGAAUGGAAGAACUGGAGGACAGUCAAUGAAGAAUUCUUGAGCAGCUCGAUGAUGAACUCGGUCCCGAAAGCAGUCGCCAGCUCGUCUUCGGCCGUUCCGCCCACGCAAGCGUCAAAUCCCAUGUGGAGACAGGAUCUUCUCGAGCGUCAGGACUCGCAGCCCCCGAAUGCUGUUCAAAAGGCGUAUGCUCAUCCUGCGUGGAUUCCUCUGGCUCGCGACUGGGGCGGCAAUCACAUUGCGAUUGAUCUGGCACCCGGGCCUGCUGGGAAGUGGGGACAGGUCAUCCUCUUUGGCCGUGACUAUGAUUGCAAAUAUGUGGUCGCUCGGUCUUGGGCUGCAUUUCUGGCCAUGUUUGCCGAUGAUAUCUGCGGCGGCAAAGUUCACGUGGACGAAGAAACCAAUGAGCUCAAGCUCCUAGAAUUCAAGGCGCAGAAUGUCGAACCCCCUUAUCUCGAGAUUUUACGCUGGAGAACUGAUCAAAAGUAUGGUCGAAAACCACCUCGCCGCAAGACUCCCAGUGGCUUGGGACUGACUACAGGAGGCAAAUCUGGCCAAGCAUCCCCCUAUGGCAGCCCCACCCCGAGUGAAGAACGAGGCAGGUCGCCGCAUCGCUUCUCAAAUCGCGGUUCUACUCAAAGCCCAAAGACUCAGUUCGGCAUCUCAAGUCCCCUAGCUCGCGUCACGGAAGAGGCCACAAGUCCUGUUCACACCACAGCGGAUGCUAGUAACUCAGAACUUGCAUUCAAAGAUGAACAGACCGAGGAUUUGAUGGAGAUCGCUACGCCCCAGAUAUCUGGGAAAGAGAAUGACGAAGCACUGGGAGCCGAGCCUGAGCAGGGACUGUCAGAAACAGACAAGGGACUGUCAGAGCAACCUCCCGCUACCGGGUUGAACCCUGAGGUCUUAGGCGAGAUGAAAAAUGUAACUAUCUAG